AUGGCCCUCAUCCAAGAGCUUAUGGUGCCAGGCCAGCCGAACGUGGCGGUGCUGCUGCUUGUGGCCGUGGCGGCGUCGGCGCUUUGGCUCGCACUGGCGGCCGCACGGCAGCGCAGCCGGCGCAAAGGCGUGCCACUGCCGCCAGGCCCCAAAGGCGAGCCAAUCCUGGGCCACCUGCGAGUGAUCCCGACGGACAACCCAGAAUACGCAUACGCCAACUGGGCGCGCGAACUCAAGUCGGACGUGCUGCACUUCAACGUGCUAGGCCAGGACAUUGUGGUGCUCAACAGCGUCAAGUCGGCGGUGGACUUGCUGGACCGCCGUGGGGCCAAGUACGCGGACCGGCCGCGCUUUGUCCUCUUCGAGGUCAUGGGCUGGCGCAAGACGCUGACGUUUCUGCGCUGGGGCGAGGCGUUCCGGAUGCACCGCAAGAUCCUACAGCGGUCCUUUUCCAAGACGAACAUCCAGGUCUACCGCGAUCUGCAGACGCGCGAGACCCACGUGGCCAUGCGUGGCGUGCUCCACGCGCCGGCCGACUGGGAGCAGGUGCUGCGUCGCUAUGCCACCGCCAUCGUUCUCGGCAUCGGUUUUGGCAUCACGCUCAAGAGCGACAAGGACCCGUACGUGCAGAUGGCCGUCGACGCCUCGUACGCCCUCGGCCACGGCGGCGCUCCGGCCGGCACGCUCGUCGACUUCUUCCCGCUGUUCAAGAGCUUCCCCAGCUGGCUGCUGCGCGACCGCUCUCUCCAGUUUGCCCGCGACUGGCGCUGGGCCAUCCGGCAGAUCCACGACGCGCCCUUUGCUGCCGUGGCUGGCGAUAUGGAGGGCGGCACCAUGGCCGAGACCAAGACCAAGACCAAGACCGAAAAGACGACCCCCAACAAGGACAGCCUGAUCGCGGCCCUGCUGGCGCAGCGCCAAGCUCAGCUAGAGGCCGGCGUGCUUCCUGCCAACACAGAGCUCUCGGUGGACGACAUCAAGGGCGCAGCCGGCGCUGUCUAUGCGGCUGGCCAGGACACCACCUGGUCGACCCUGGUCGUCUUUGUUCUCAACAUGGUGCUGCAGCCCGAGGUGCAGGCCAAGGCCCAGGGCCUGCUGGAUGCCGUGCUCGUCAGCCCUGACGGCAAGACCCGUCGCCUGCCGACGUUUUCCGAUCGGCCGGCGCUGCGCUACAUCGACCUCAUCGUGCAGGAGACGCUGCGCUGGUGUCCGGUGUCGCCGGUCGGCGUGCCGCACCGCGCCCUCGAGGACGACGUGUAUGACGGCAUGUUCAUCCCCAAGGGCAGUUUCGUCUAUGCCAACGCACGCGCCAUGACCCACGACGAGCGCGUCUACCAGAACCCCGACCGCUUCGAGCCCGAUCGGUUUGCGUCUGUCGAGGAGGGCGGCCGCGGUGAGCCCCUGCCAGUCGGCCAAUUUGGCUUCGGUCGCCGCAUCUGUGUCGGUCAGCACCUCGCCGAGGCCAACGUCUGGAUCGUCGUCGCCACCAUGCUCGCCGCCUUCGACAUUGGCCGUGCCAAAGGCCCCGACGGCCAGGACAUCAUCCCCGUCGUCAAGGUCACCAACGGCCUUACCAGCCACCCAAACUCGUUCCCCUGCACCAUCACGCCGCGCUCCGACACUUGGGCCCAGGUGGUCGAGACCGCCGCACAGCAGGCGUUGUAG